AUGAGUACUGACUGUGCUGUUCAGGUCUGGUCGGAACUCGGAUUCUCGGCGUCACUUCUCGAUGAAGGCGUUGAACAAUUUGCUACUUCUGGAACGCAUCGUAUCAACAUUUCUUUGCGCAAAGACAAUAUUCCACCUGUUUGCAAGAAUCAGAUGAGGCUACCUAGUGCUAUGGUCAAUCCCCCACAUGCCUGUCCACCUCAAAACGUGUCGGCGGCUACCUUGGCUUCAGUGGAUAUCUCCCUGGAGUAUUGCUUUCAUGAAGAGCAAAUGUUUCGGACACCAGAUUCCUACGGUUGUGAGCUUCAACCUUUUCAAAGCGGAGUGCCUUCUGUUGAAUUCGAGCUUGAGCUUGAAGCAAUAGCAGAACCACAGCUUCCAGACCCAGAACAUGGGUCUGUUUGGCUUGAAGAAAUGCAUUGCAAAGAAUCUGCUCGGCACAUUAAGCCUCAAGCUUAUUGCACAGACAUGGGCAAAUUCGACAAAUAUUCUGAUGAUCUGCUACAACUCUUCGAAUUUGGCUUUCAGAGACUGAUCGUAUCGAAGAGGGUAAGAAACCCGGAAAUUCAGGUUUCAUCAGAAGCUUCCCUCUCCAGUUUGCCAGAUAUAGCACCUUCUAUUUUCAAAAGCGGAUAUAGAGAGACAAUCAAUCAACGCGGUGUCAUCAUCCCAACCAUCACCAAGGCGAUAUCAGACAUGCUUCAAGGGAGUCAUCCUUCCCUCAAAGGCAGACUCAUGGAGUCUAUACACCCUUCUCAAUCGCCAGACAAGGGCUGCUCCCAGAAAGAUCCCCAAGCAGCAAAUCUGAGGAAUUUUAUCCAUUCGAGGCUCUGGGAUAUUGCCCUGGACGCCACAGGAAAGUCAAACCCCCCCAAAAAUAGAUCAUUGAUGCUCUCUGCCGCCACUCUUGACAGAGAUUUGAAUUCCAAAGAUAGCAACAAGCAUCCCAUACCUAUGGGCCAACCUCUCUACAUUUCUGAGAAAAGUGCAGCCCGCCGGGUCGAACAAAAUGCAGAAGAUGAAAACAACUUUGCGAGCCUUUUGAAUGAGCCAGAUUGUCUGAGUGAAUGCGAGAGCCAGCUGUUGGACAACUACAGCGAUACCAGCUUCACGGAUCUGGGUGAAUCAACCCAAACCUCGCUCGACAGUUUUCUGUCUACGGCCGCUUCUUCUCAAAUGACCUGGAGUGAUGACGAGAAAAUGCUUUUUUCGGAUCCCAACGAUGGGGCGACCAGUGGAGAAGGUAUUGCAAAAAGCUUGUGUCAUGUUGAGGACAUGGGUGCGUGGGAUGCAGAUUUGAUACUGAUGGAGGGACCCUAA